GGUGUGGCCAGCUUGCGUUUCUAACAGACCACUCUCAGCUUGGCAAACUGUUAGGUUGUGGCUUCGCGCAAACGGUCACACCCUCAUUUUGCACCGAAAAUAAUUGCAAUUUGAUAAAUAAACGCGACAAUUGCAAACGAAUUGGUAAGGAGCGGGCGAAACUGCAACCAUCGGAUUUGCGGGAGCAGCUAUGGUUGGGAAAAACUUUAAGGCUCUAGCCCACUUCCACCGCCUGACCGAGUACAUAGUUCAGUGCAAGCACUGCGACAAGACGUUGUCCUCCAAACACACAUCCUCCAACUUGACGCGCCAUUUAAUCCGGAACCACAAGCUCCUGGCCCGCACGAUUUUCGCUGGCGAGGAGGGUAAGAUGCUGGCGGAGCUGAAGGACGAGCUGGAAGCAUCCGCAUCAGAAGACCUGAGCAUGGAGCUCACAGAGGGCGAGGGCGAGACCAAGUCUGCGGUGCGCGGCAUCAUGAGCGUGAAGCGGGAACAGGAGCAGAUGGAGCGGCACAGCCAGGAGGAGAUGCGCAACAAGGUCAUUGGGAAGAACAACAAGCUCUGGGCCCACUUCAUCCGCAUAUCAGAAUUCAUGGCCAAAUGCAUGCACUGCGGCAAGACGCUCUCCUCGAAGCACUCGUCCUCCAAUCUUAUGCGCCACAUCGUUCGGCGCCACACCAGCCUGGCCAAGACGCUGAACCACUCGCACCAGCACCUCAUGACACCCAAGAAGGAGUCGUACAGCAGCCUGGAGCGUAGGCAGGCUGCUGAUCCCCUGGAAAAAGUCAACUUUGACGAUGUGGACAGCAUCAUCGAGAAGGUGGCCGAACACCUGGACGAAGAGGUCACUUCGAUUUCGCUGCAGGAACCCUUCUACGAGUACGUGGUGGACAACUCCGACUCCGUUGUGGUGGACAGGUGCGAGGAGCAGGAGCAGGAGCCAGCGGAGAUGCAGAACAUGAUUCCGCCGGACAGCGUCUCGUUGGCGGAAUCCACCACCCAGCUGGACGAGAAACUUAAGGCGGAAACGAUAUACUACAACGAGAUGGCCGAGUUGGCCAGAGCCAAGCGCCGGCUCAUCGAUCUGCAGACCAAGAAGCUGCUCCUGGACAUGAACGUGGUGGACAACUAGCCCACCGACGAUUGGAAUGGCUUUUAUUUGUAGGUGGAUAAGGCGGGCAAUAUGAUAAUUUAAACUUAGGUAUGAUUAUACUUUAAACACUUAA